AUGGUUGUCAUGGUGGAAGUUGUCCGUUGGAGAUAUGUUUGGUUGGAAGAGCCGUCGGCCGCCUGGCCGUCGGCCGCCUCGCCGUCGGCCGCCUCGCCGUCGGCCGCCUCGCCGUCGGCAUCUCGCCGUCAGCUUUCAGUGUUUCCACGUCACGGUUUGUCGUACCUCCGGGGCCGGCCGUACUUUUAUAACGCCCGUCUCAGGUGGGUGGAUGGGUGGGUGGGCGACGUGGGUGUGGGUGUGGUGCGGCUGGGGCAUCAACCUGUGCGCCCCAGUGGCACCGAGCGGGCGUUGCUGAUGAUGGGCCCGGCUGAGGUGGGUGCACUGCUGGGUGCAAUUCCUCCGCACCCAGCUGCACCCAGCCGGGCGCCGCCGCUGCUGGCCAGUUGGCUGGCGGCGGCGGCGGCGGCGGCCGCGGCGGCAUAUAGCCGCAACUAUCAACUGCUGUAA